AUGUGUGUCCUUUUUCCAUUCUCUCUAACUGGUAGAGCUAGUAAAUGGCUUAAAACUUUGCCACCUGCGUCCUUAAAGACGUGGAAAGAGUGUAGAGAGGCUUUCCUAAGUCAUUUUUACACCAGAGAUCGUUCCAAUCUCUUAAGGGACAAGAUCCAAAAAUUCCAGCAGAAGGACACAGAAGAUCUCUAUGACGCCUGGGAAAGAUUCAGAGAUUACCAAAGAGAUUGCCCACACCAUGGUUUCUCCGAGGAGCGUCUGAUGACCAUCUUCUACCAUGGAUUUAAUGAAGAACUGAAGUUUUCUUUGGAUGCCUCUAGCAAUGGAGACUUUUCCACUAGAACUAUAAGAGAAGGCAUCCAGAAGAUUCUUAGUGUGAUUGAUCAUAUUCAUAACUCUGAUGAGGGAAACAAUCAUAGCAAGCCCUACAUCGAGAAGAUGAACAACCUUGAGGUGGAGAGGAACUUCCAAAAUCAGGAGAUGAUGCAAAUCGCUGAUGUUUACCAGAUUGAAGAGGCUGAGCAGAAUCAACCCCACCAGGGGUGGGAGCCUUUCAACCGCGGCAAGACCGAUCUCCACCGUGGGUGGGAAGCUUUUGACCGCGGCCAAGAGGAAUUUCACCGCGGGUCAGAGCACUUCACCCGCGGCAAGCCUAGUCUUCAACCUCCUUUCCAAACCUUUUUCGAGCAAACCCAUUCUGAUCAAUCCAAUCCCACAAUACCUCCUUAUUAUCCUUUCUCCAAGAUUGAAGAGCUUGAAAAAGAGGUUAAUAGACUCAAAGAGGAGAUGGAAAGUCAAUCAAAAAGACAUGAGGAUUCUAUUAACAAGCUCUCCACACUUUUUCUCCUCCAGAUUAGUGAUGAAUCAAAAGAGUUGGAUUCCUCCGUUAAUGACCUUGAUGAACCUUUUUCUGAAAGAAUAAACGAAUGGGAGACCUCUGAUCACUUAAAAGCAAUCACCCUCAGGAGUGGUUUAGCUUACAAGGAGCCAGAGUACCCAAAGUAUUUCGAAGAAGGAGAUGCAGUAGUCGGGAAAGAGGGAGAAAAGGAAAAGAAAGACACUUCUCAAGAAAUUGCUGAAGAAGAACCUAUGCCACCUCCUCUUACUCGUGUCUACAAGCCCAAACCACCAUACCCACGAGCUUUGAAAGGACCAAAGAAGGAGAAAGAAAGGGCUAAGCUGAAAGAGAUAGUCGAGCAGUUAAAUGUAAGAUUACCUUUCAUUGAAGCUUGUGCAAUGAUACCUGCUCUUAGGAAAUACAUGAAGGGCAUUCUAACAAAUUCUAUAGCAUUAGAAGAAGGUGUUAUGAUGAUAACUCAUGAAUGUAGUUCCAUCUUACAAAACCAUAUCCCCUAG